UUUACGUGCCAGUAUUGCAACAAAUGCUUCAAGACGCAAUCGUAUUACAAGACACAUAAACGUCUCCAUACGGAAGAAAAUCUUUUCAAGUGCAAGUAUUGUGAUAAGUGCUUAACGUCGUCAUCAGGCCUCAAGAGACACGAACUUAAUCACAUAGGCGAGAAAAGUUUCAAGUGCAACGAUUGUGAUAAGAGAUUCCCCUCUUCAGCAGCUUGUAAGGCUCAUCAAGUUUCUCACUCGGGCCAGAAUCGUCAUCAGUGCCAAUAUUGUAGUAAGACCUAUAGCAGUGUAUAUAAUUGCAGAACUCAUGAGCGCACUCACACGGGGAUCAAGCUUUUCAAGUGUAACCAUUGCGACAAGAGCUUUCCCACGCCGUCACAGUGCAGUCGACAUGAACUCAGUCACACAGGAGAGAAACCACAUGAAUGCAAGUUUUGUGAUAAAAGGUUUCGUCAGUUAUCACAUUGCCAAAACCAUGAACGUACUCACACAGGAGUAAAACCAUUUAAGUGCAAGCAUUGUGAUAAAGCCUUUACUUCGUCAUCAACGUGUAUGAAACAUGAGCGUAUUCACACCGGGGAGAAACCUUUUAAGUGCAAGCAUUGUGAUAAAGCCUUUACCUCGUCAUCAGCCAGCAAGAAACAUGAGCGUAUUCACACAGGGGAGAAACCUUUCAAAUGCAAGCAUUGUGAUAAAGCCUAUACCUCGUCAUCAACUUGCAAGGAACAUGAGCGUAUUCAUCGUAGGCUAUCGUAUUGCACGACAAAUGAAGGUCUCCACACGGAAAUAGACCCGUAUAAGUGCAAGGAUUGUGAUAAGAGAUUCCCCUCGUCAACGGCCUGCAAAGCUCAUGAGCUCUCUCACUUGGGGCUAAAACGUCAUCACUGCAAGUAUUGUACUAAGUCCUUUAGCCAUUUAUCAAAUUGCACGACUCAUGAACGCACUCACACAGGUGUCAACCUUUUCAAGUGUAACUAUUGCGAUAAGAGCUUUCCCACGCCGUCGCAUUGCCGUCGGCAUGAACUCAUUCACACGGGAGAAAAACCACAUCAAUGCAGGUUUUGUGAUAAAAGCUUUCGUCAAUCAUCACAUUGCCAGGAUCAUGAACGCACCCACACAGGAGAGAAACCGUUUAAGUGCGCAUAUUGUGGUAAAGCCUUUGGCUCGUCCUCAACCUGUUGGAGACACGAGCUUAUUCACAUAGACGAGAAACCUUUGUGAAAAGGGAUUUAACGAAUCUUUCAGAUUGCAGGAAACAUGAGGUGUAUCAAAACAUGAAGGUCAACCUCAGUCUCA